AUGGCGCACUUCUUCCUCAUGCAAGGCAAGAUGGAUGAGGUCGCGAAGAAGUUCUUUGCCGUCACGCAGGAGGCGAAUGAUGCCCUUCCAUCGGAGGUGGCAGCGGUCACAAAGAUUCAGUCCGUGCACCGCGCUCCUCAUCCAGCGGAUGAUCCGCGGAUGUCUGGGAAGGAGACGAGCCAAGUCGGUGAGCAUCGAGCGUACAAACAAGCUGCAGCUACACUUCUUCCACCACUGUGCCUGGUGCUGAGACGUCUUUCUCUGCUGCUAUCUGUUGACGAGCACAAAGCCAAGGCUGCCAUGAUCCAACGCCUUUGGCGCGGAUGGUUUAGCCGACUGCAUGUCCACGAUUUCUACAUGCGCAGAGACUAUCUCGUCAAGGCUAGGUACACAGUCCCGCCGGCCCUAGCAGGCCCCAGUAGCGAGUGUUUUCGAAGCAUACAGGUGGAGCAGCGAGGACAGUGGACACAGGACUUCCUGGCAUCGGAGCACAAGGACGGAUGGAGCGCGGAGGGUGGUAGACGCCACCACAGAUGCCGGAAGGAGAAGCUCCAGGUCGCCAAGAUGGAGGAGGAGUUGAAGGUCCGUCAGGAGCUCCUUGGAACAAAAGCCCUGGCGGCGGCUCGACGUACCGGCUGGGUACCGGUCGUCGGUCUUUUGUCGACGGACCAAAUGACCGACCUCAUCGACGCCGGCCACGCGGCGAGCCAGCUGAUGGUUGGCAUGGUGCAAGGAUCGACGAUGGAGACUGCGGCGGAGGUCGCGGCGGAAGCAGCGGGGGGCACCGGCGGCACUGACAGCAUGCCCUUUGUGCCGACGCCCAUCCCUGAGGGCGACGAAGACGACGAGGUGCUCAUGUCCCAGCCCGUGGUGGUCGACACGGCGGGGGUUGGGUCCCCGCCUGUGGCAUCCCCUGUGGCGGCGGCUCCCACCCCGAUGGCUACAGCACCGACGCCUUCAGGCAGAUCGACGCCGGCGAUCGUGAAGGCGACGCCUCCGGAAGAUUUGGCCCCACUGCCAUCGGCGCCACCCUCGGUACCGGCAUCGGGCACAGCGACCCCGGCGCCACAGGACUACUUCAUCGACGUCGCCACCAAGGCCAAGGCGGCGUCCCUGCUGGCAUCCCGGGCUGACACAUGGCAGGUGGCGGCGCUGACUUCGAUGCCAUCCUCUGGGACGGCGACACCCGCGCACUCGGCGCGACGGGGGCCCCCCAACGCCAGGGAGAUUGUGGCGGCGUUGGAUGUGCAGGCGACGCAGGCUCGCCCUGACUCCUCCUCGGCGUCGGCUGGUCGACGCCCAUUCUUUACUGGCCUCGACGCUAUGGAAGAAGCGUCGGCGGCGGCCUCCGGUGCGGCGUCACCGACGGGCAGCUCCCGCCACAAAGCCCCGCCGACGCCUCUGGUGCCUCCCACGGCGUUGGUCAUUGAUCCCAACAGGGGCGGCGGCACAGCUGCGACGCCUAUUCACCCGGGGCUGGGCAUUGCGGCGGUCACCGUGCCGGCAGAGAACCUGGAGACGGCGGAGCCGAUGGUCUACCCGCCGACGCCCAACCCCUACGACGGACCGCCCACUCACAUGGCAGCCGCGGCUUCUGCGGCGGAGGUUCCUAUGACCCUCCCGACGGCGGCCAGGCGGAUUGCGGCGGCGGCGAGCAACCAGGAGUUCCCCUACAUCCGCCGGCCGCCUGCCGACGCUCACCACCGACGGUCCUCUGUGCCGACGGAGGCCAUGCGGGCAGAGAGACGGCGAAGGGAGGCAUCGGCCCAUGAGCGGCGCCAGUAUGAGGCAUAUGAUCCGCGGCGGUGGGGCAGCACCCCGUGGACGGCGGAGGAAGUUGGCCACAUUUCCCCGGCGUACUUCGAGUACAAACGCCUGAUGGAGAGGGCCGGCGCGUCAGCCGAGGAGACGGCGGUGCCACCACAUCUUCGACGCUUUGCCUAUGCCUCCCUGGGCCAGCUGCGGGAGAUGGAGGACAGCGGCGCCCUGCCCAGGCCCGCGACGCCACGGCGUGGCGAAGACCCGCCAGAGGCGGACUACCCGUUCCUCCGACGCUUGCCCGCCGGCGUGGCCGGCGCACGCAUCACGGUGCGGCACAGCAAGGAGGAACGACGGAUCGUUGGCUGGUGCGCGCACCCAUGCACGGUGCCGCACCGCGACGCUGUGUGCGGCGGAGAGGGUCGCUGCCUUCGGCCUAUCGCCCUCGGCGCAGCCGGCGCCCACGGCGCAUCCGGCAGCCACAAAUGCCCGGCGUGUGAAGGCCUCAAGGGCACAGGGCGGCGCUGA